AUGGCUGCUCCCCACGUUGCUGGCGCCGUUGCUUUGAUUGUUAACGCCAACCCUGGUGCCACCUACGAAACUGUGUACAAGUUGCUCGCCAACACCGUCGACACGGCCACGUUGAAGCCCUCGACUGCCAACUGCGGCGGUGUGGACAACUCCAAGUACCCCAACAACGACUUCGGGUACGGCCGCAUCAACGCCAACAAGGCGUCGUCGACCUCGUCCACCCCUGUGCCUUCCACCACCAAGCCCGCGUGCUAA